CUAUCGACGCACUGACUUUCCGCCGUUUUGUUGCAAUUAGCAUACGAGUCCUGUAAACCCUCCAUGAGGCACGCAGAUUUGUCAGUGACAAAGUGCUAUCGGUUUUUUUCUUUUUGUUCACUUUACUCGCAAUCAUUACCUAUCACAGGAUAGACUGUCGAAUGUUUGACUCCAAAGGAUCAGAUUCAGGUCAUUCAGCACUUCAUUUAAUUCGUGGCAAAAACAACCGUCGGUCCGCCCCUUUGAUUCUGAACCCGACCCCUUCAGCUGAGGGUAAAGGUGGGCUGAAGACUCACCGAAGACGUACUUUUCAUUUAAUCCAAUCCCUUCUGUCUGGAAAGCCCUACGGUUUCAAUGUGGCGCCUCCUCGGCACAAGCCAUAUUGUCAGUCGGCUGAGUGGGGACUAGGGACUGAAACGAACGAAGUUCUUUUCUACCUGAUACAGCAGUCUUCCUUGUCAGCCUCCAUGCAAAAUACUCUGCGUAUGCGUGCGCUCUAUAGACUUGCAACACCUUUGCGAAACAUCCAAUCACACAGCAUCUGGUGCAACACUUUAUUGGAAACAGGACUAAAUAACCUACCCGCACAGGUCUCUGUUUUAGAUCAAUCACUUCUGGUGAUGUGAACGUUACAAUCGCAGCUGGGAACCUGCCAUAGUGACUUGUUUUUCCGUCUGUGCAACCAGUCGGAUGCCAAAUCUCAGUUUUGUCAGGAGCCAUGCAUUCUAGACCGUGUCGAUCCGGACAGGACGUCAAACCCAGCAUCCAAGGAAAUACCAGAUCGCGUCAUGAAGC